AUGUCGGAUGAUGAGGCAGACGCUGACUUGUUGGAUUUUCUCCGUCAGCACUUCAAUAAGGCAUCCAUAGCUCCCAAAAUACCAGAGACCCAAGUUCUGGAAGGAGCCGAAUAUGUGUACAACAAUUCAAUUGACGUUGCUCUAGACUAUCAAUCAACCAAACAAGCUGCAGCCAUGAUCUACGAGCAGAUGCAAAAGAAAGAAUAUUCUACCAAGACAUGGUCAUCACAUGAGCUUCAUCCAAAAGCCAAGGAUGAAAGUACUGUGGCAUUCAUUUUCACUAUGGAUCUCCUAAAUUUUUCGUUUUGGUCUGAGCUGGAUGAUGAAGAACGCUUUGCAGUUGAGUACAAGGGCAAGAAAUGGACUGGGUACUGGAGUUUGGUUGCUGCAUUACAAAGAGCGCUUGACGAGGACAUCCCAAUCACGUGUUCGGAUUUCUGGCAGAAUGAAGACGAAUGUACCGAAGAAGUCUUGAAGCAUGUAUUCAGAAGCGCUACAGAAGAGCAGAUUCCCCUCUUCCAAGAACGAAUGUAUUGCUUGAGGGAGGCAGGUCAAAUUCUAUACGAGAAAUACCAAUGCAGCUUCACGAAUUGUAUCACAGCAGCCGAUGGCUCAGCAGCAGCCCUAGUCAAUCUCCUCGCGGAAGACUUCCCAUGUUUCAACGAUGUAGUACGAUUUGAAAACCGCAAAAGUGUGCGGCUGCUCAAACGAGCUCAAAUCUGUGUCGCUGAUCUGUGGGCUGCAUUCGAGGGUGAAGACUAUGGCCGCUUUGAGGACAUCGACAAGAUUACCAUGUUCGCAGAUUAUCGGAUUCCACAAAUUUUGAAUACCUUGGGGUGUUUGUGGUAUGCACCAACUUUAGAAACUGCGAUUCAGCAUAAGCGGAUCAUCGAGAGUGGGCACUCGUGGGAAAUUCAGUUGAGAGGUUGCAGUAUCUGGUGCGUAGAGCUCAUUCGGCGAGAGAUCCUCCGUAACCAUCCCGAUGCGAAGAUCAACGCCAUCCUAAUCGACUUCUUCCUUUAUGAUACUAUGAAAGAACGAGAAACAGCUGGUCAGGAUGAAGUACCGCAUCACCGAACUCGGAGUAUUUGGUAUUGA